AUGGGCCUGUGUUGGUCGAAGCUGGCAUACUGGGUUGAUAAAUACAUUAUAAACCCGGUUAAAGAAAAGGCAGAAAGAAAUGCAGAAGAAUCACGUCUACGCUCUCUAAAGCGCCUCAAAGGAGCAAUAGUCAAUUCAGACAAAGAGCCCCGUCCACCCAUUCCGAAGCCCCUCGAAGCAACAAAAUCUACUUCAGGCAUAAACCCUCGUUGUCCCCCCGUUCUGAAGCCCCUCGAAGCAAAACCCACUCCAGACCCAAAACCUCCUCUCCCUCCCAUCGAUCUAGACAGCCAGUUACUAUCAAAAGCCCUCGAUCUCGCUCUCCAAACCAGGCUAUCCCCAUUCUCCACCGGGUUCAUCCACACGACCUGGCGCUCUAGUCUUCGCGCGCCGAGAAGCGCGGUCGUCGUCAACGAAGGCACAACCAGAAUAACCAGUCCCGGAAACACCAUCCCCAUCGCCACCGUGACCGAAGACCGGGCGACGGAAUACCUAGCCCACCGGAAGAAGGUACUACGCAAACGAAGAUACCUCGCGACAACCCUCCCGGCCAUCGCAGCCAUGAGCUCUUCUCCGCCUAGCUGUAGCGCUAGACCCGCUGGGCCUGGGCAGCGUCUUGGACGUCUACCUACGAUGCUAGAGCGCGCGGCGAUUUGGAAAAGGUUGCAGAAUAACUUGACGCGGCCGAUCAUUGGGAGGAUCGUGGCGAACAAGUACACGCACACGGAUGAUCAUGUCGCUUAUGUGCGGCGGUGUCGGGCGCUCUUUGCGGAGCUGCGGGCUCUCAAGGAGGUUGAGGAGUGGAUGGAACUUGAUCUUCUCAUGGAGUCGUUGCAGCAGGCCAUGUUUAAACCGUUCGUUCGGUAUAUUGCGCGGGACAGGUAUGUGUUAUCGCUGGAUGAUGCUUAUGCCAAGUUCAUUGUUCAUGAGGAUGUGAGAAAAUAUUACGUGCCUCUUUGGUUGAGUGGUACGAUGCCGGAGUUGCUUUGUGAUUGA